AUGGGAGAGUGGAUUGAGAAUGUGGGAAAAGUGAGAAACUUGGGAGAGCGACGAGACAGAGGAGUGAAGGAAGAUGAGAGGAAAUUGGACGAGGGUUCCGAACGCAGAAGGAGGCGGAAGUUAAGGUUGUGUGAUGGCCAAGGUUUGGCACACGGUUGGAACAGGUGGCAAUAUAAUAUCUCGUACCAGUAA